AUGAUCAAGCUCAAGUCCUUCAUCUUCAUGGGGGCAUCGGCCAUCGGCCUUGAUAAUGGCCUUGUGCUGCCUCGUCAAUCCAACUGGACCGCCAGCACCCACUGCGGUACGGACUUUGAGGCAGUCUGUCAGUAUCUCGUGCAGGUUGCCAUUGCCUGCUCUGACGAUUACUUCGACUCCUUCGUAUACGAAGCUAUUCCACGGAAUAGGAAUGGAAAGAUCAUGAAGCCUGGCGACAGCGAUGGUACCUUCCCUGAUGAUGAUGGCAUCUCUGUCGAACUCGGCGAGGGUAUCAACAUGGCAUGGAGUCAAUUCGAGCACAGCCAGGAGGUCGACGUGAGGAUUCUCCGCCGUGAUGGCCUGGCCGUCGACGAGAAUAUCAUCAUUCGUCCAACAGCGCUCAGUUUCGACACUCAGCAUGUUGCCGGUACUCUUGUCAUCCGGGUUCUUGCAGACUCGAGUGGUCAUCGUUUUUCUGUGGAGUUCGCUAACGCCCUGUUCAACUACCGCUCUAACGGUGAUGGCUACCCAACUGAUGGCUCUAGUGAGAUCGUAGGGACUGAGCCUCGCAAUGCACUGGUCAUCUUUGCCAGCGCCUUUCUUCCUGAUGAUUUCAUUCCAUCCCUCGACGGUCCCGACACCAAAGUCAUGACUCCAGGUGCCUUUUCCGUUGCCGACACUGGCGGUGCCCCUAUUGUCUAUUUCCUCCCAGGUGUCUACUGGAUCGACUCGAAACCCUUGGCUCCUGGCGCGUUCUUCAAGGGUGCCGUUGAGUAUACCACAGCAAAUAUGGAUUUCUACGCCACAGGGCACGGCAUUCUGACUGGCGAAAUCUACGUUUAUCAAGCCAACGUCGAGCAGGCGUACACUGCGGAAAAGAGCAAUCUCACCAGUCUGCACAUGUCGUGGCACCGCGCUCUGAUCGGCAUGACAUUUCCAUGGAAGCUUUUGUACCACUUCAAUGACGACGGAAUCAAAACAUGCUACUCCGGUGUAAAAGCCACCGACGUUAUCAUCUGGAGAGCCAUUGACACCCUGUACAUCAUCCAUACGCGCUACCGCAAGAGCGAAACCUACAUCCCCUCAGCUAUCAUAGGUGUAUUGAUUGGCGGCAGUGUGCCAAUUGGUGACUCGAUUAUCGCCACGACAGAGGAUACAACUUAUCCUGGCUGUGAAAAUCUUACUAUGGGUCUGAAAAUCAAGGACUGGACUGUGGGAGGGGAGAAAGUCACAAUGGAGAAUGCGGAGACUCAGGGGCAGCGAUCGAUCGCUUAG